GGGGCGGGAAAGAGAGGAAGCCGAGCGCUGGACUUUUGACAGGGAAGCGGAGAGAGCGAGAGAUUCGCGGCGGGAAUUUCAGAGCGGGAGGAAAGAAGCGAGCGAGCGAGCAGAGGAGGGAAGCAGGGAGGUAUAUUACAGAAGUAAAAACAAAAUUUAGAAUAUGCCUAAAAAAGCAGCUGGGAAAAGAGGCCCUGCAAAACGGAAACUUGCAGAAGAAUUUCCUCCAGGAGAAGUUUUUACUGACCUAACAAAGAAAGAUUGGAAGCUUGGUCCAGUUAUAGGCAAAGGUGGUUUUGGCUGCCUCUAUCUUGCUGAUGUUAAUUCUUCAAAAUCAGUCACCAGUGAUGCACCCUAUGUUAUAAAAGUGGAACCCAGUGACAAUGGACCACUCUUUACAGAACUGAGUUUCUACACGCGAACUGCUAAACCUGACCUAAUUAAGAAAUGGAUUUCUUCUCACAAACUGAAAUACUUAGGUGUACCCAAGUACUGGGGUUCUGGCUUGCAUCAAAAGAACGGCAAAAGCUACAGAUUUAUGGUAAUGGACAGAUUUGGGAAAGAUCUCCAGAAGAUUUUUGAAGAGAGAGGAAAGCACUUUACCCGCAAAACAGUAUUACUGUUGGGCUUGAGAAUACUUGAUGUUUUAGAAUACAUUCAUGAACAUGAAUAUGUGCAUGGAGACAUCAAGGCCUCAAAUCUUCUCCUGGGCUACAAGGCUCCACAUCAGGUGUACUUGGUGGAUUAUGGCCUCGCCUAUCGAUACUGUCCGGAGGGUAACCACAAAGAUUAUAAAGAGAAUCCCAAGAGGUGUCAUGAUGGAACUCUUGAAUUUACUAGUAUUGAUGCUCACAAGGGGGUGGCUCCAUCAAGGCGCGGUGACUUGGAAAUUCUGGGUUAUUGUAUGAUUUGUUGGCUUUGUGGUAAACUCCCUUGGGAAGACAACCUGAAAGACCCCAAUUAUGUCAAAGACUCAAAAAUUAGGUAUACAGAUAAUAUUGCAGACUUGAUGAGUGAGUGUUUCUCUAAAAAAGAUAAACCAGAUGAAAUAGCCAAAUACAUGGAAACGGUGAUGUCUCUGACUUAUGCUGAGAAGCCACCAUACGAGCAGUUACGAGAAAUACUUCUUCGGGGUCUCAAGGACAUUGGUCAGAAGGAUGAUGGUAUACUGGACUUGGAUGUUUCAGAGAAUGGAGACAUUCCAGCAAAGCCUGCACUUAAGACAAAAAGAAAAGCAGUUGCUGCAUCAGGGCCAGCCUCUACUGAUGAAGACAACGACGAAACAGCUGUAGAAGAUUCGAAAAACAUCAAAAGAAGAAGACGUGCUACCUCUAGAAGUGCUCGCUCCCCAGGACCAAUUCAUCACAGCAGGUUACAGCCAGAGGCUAGCAGCAGCCGCCGCAGCCGCCGCCGUAUUCAACAAGGCAGGAGCCACGAAACCCAAGGCACUGAAGACCCCUCCCAAAGCCAAGAAAACCUUGACCCCCAGGAAGAGGACCCAGAAAUAGGAAAGUCUAAAUGAUGAGUGCUUGCUGCUUUUUACUAGUUACUGUUCUUUUUCCAGUAAUCAUGGGCUUUCCCCUUUUUCUGUAUGUGUUUAGCCUAUAGGCAGUCACAAUGCGGCACUGCAUUAUGUAGCUGAAACUGGAAAAGGGGUAUUUUAAGUUUUUUAUGUACAGUUUAAUACUAGUACAGAAGUUUUCAAAAAUCUUGAAUGGCUGUUUUUGCACCUGCUCGUUUAACUGUUUAGUUUACGUCAAACUUGAAUAAAAAUAAAGUCCCAA